UUAAAUUCACAAUUUUUUACAGUCAAAUAGCUCGCUUAAAAUGGAAAUGAAGCCUUGCGCGCACACUCGCGUAUGCCCAAUUAUCCCAUAACAUUAUCCAACAAUUAACAAGACACUACAUCUAAUGAUUGACUGUAUAAUAAACAUAAUGGCUUAAGGCGGCAUUGAACUCCGUGUUAGAUGGGUGCAUACAAAAAUACAGUGGCGAGAGAACGAUUGGUCUUAUUUAUUAAUUUGUUGUUUUUAAUGAAUAUUUCAUUCUUGAACCAAUGAGAGCAUCCCAGGGAGGGGCGUGGGCGGAGAAAGUAAGCGAGAGAAGUUGAGACGGGGAGAAGGUAGAGUGAGAGAUGAGUGACUGAACGACAGCUGAACUGCUACCUUUAAAGUAUGUCAUCCUUUUUAUAUUUUUACCAUAAAUAGCUGUAUUUUUUCUAGUUUUUUAUUUUCGUAUAAUCCGAAAUAAAAUUAGUUUAUAUGCCUAUAAUUUAAAAAAGCAUCCACGUUCAAAUAUUAAUUUAAUAAAAUAAUACAAUUAACAAUUUAAUCGAAAUUCUUAGGCUUGGGGGGCGUCGGAACCAUGAUCGGAUUUCUCCAAAUGAAGCUGGAAUAAAAAAUAUCAAAAAUAGGCACUGAUUACCAAACGGACAACAUCAUUGAGAGAGGACAAGGAGGACCGGAGGAUUAUUUCAAACUGACAAACAUUUAAAACGGAGUCUGUCGACGAAGGAAAUAAGAGACGUGGAAUAGUGGAAUGGUCGUGACAACAUGAAAAAGAAAAGGUGUGGAGCAAUAUUUUCGCACAGCGUUUGAUUCAGCUGGGAGAAACGGAGAGAGGAGAGGUAGGACAGAGUGAAACAGAUAAGGGUGUUGGAUGGAGAAAGCCGUAAAGGAGAGGUGCCGGGGGCAAGUGCAGGAGGAGCAGUGGGCGAAAAAGGCUGAAACAAAGUGAGAAGAUGCUAGAAAUGAAAGCGGAGACAGACUGUGUAGACGUAAAUACACGAACAGAUGGAAAGCAAAGCAUUCAAUUUUGUAUGUUACGCUUUGAAACAACGUUUUUUAAAAACCAUUCACAUUGCUAUUCAAUCGUAUAUUGUUAUAUUUUGCUGGUUAGAUAGACUUAGAUUCCAGACAUGGAUCUGAAUAUUAUGUAAGUAAAAUAAGUGAAUACCAGCUUUGAAUUAAGAGGCAAAGAGGGAGUGUUGGAGGCAAGAGAUAAAGAGGAAGAGGCAGAUAAAGAGUGAUGUUUAGGGGAAGAAGAUUAACUGAAAUUUUCUGGGGCAAAAAAUAUGAAUUCCAAAUCUGACCACUUUUCUUCUGGAACUACAUAGAUCCCCUAUCCCCCUCCCCCUUCCCUCUCGCAUCCAACCAACUCCCUCUUCCCCUUCCCUUCAUCCCUUCCCCUCAUCUGUCCUCAACUGUUUUCAUCACCCCAUCUUGUGCUUCUUUUCUCCAUCCUUUUACAUUGCUUUCCCUCACAGAUAAACCCUCAACAUCUCCCUCUGUCUCCCCCCUCUGUCUUUCUUUAUUCCUCCCGCCUCUUCCUCUCUCCCAAACCUUGAGAAUCGCGCAACGGCUAAUCCCAGCUGGUCCACCCAACAAUGGAACCUCCACCUUCCCUGAGCUUGGCCCUACUGGCUGAGGGUGAGGAAGAAGAGCAGCAUCCCCCCCUUUCGUUGAGUGGUCUCCCGCAUCCGGCUGCUUCUGGAACCUACCCCGGAACGAACCACUCCAACCACAUGGGGGGCGCCAGCCUAGAUCGGAUCAAUGGCACACCAUCCCCGACCACCCCUAGCGCUCCCCCGGCAGGCCUUGCUAAGCUCCCCCUGGCUUCCGCCCAACAGCUUCCCCCAGCCGUCCCCAACGCCCUGCACCCCGCCAGCACGCCCCUGUCCUCCUGCCUGGGCAGCCAGCACAGCCUGAGUGGGGAGAACUCACCCGUUUAUAACGCUCUCUUCUACUCUUCGCACUCGCCCUCCACCGAGAGAGAGAGAGAGAGGGAACGGGCAUGCAAGCACCGGCAGGCCAGCCCUCUGGUGCACCGGCGGGACAGCAACCCCUUCACCGAAAUCGCCAUGAGCUCCUGCAAGUACAGUGGAGGGGUGAUGAAGCCCCUGAGCCGACUGAGCGCGUCCAGGAGGAACCUCAUCGAGUCGGACAGUGGGAGCGACACCAAAGAGGGAGGGGCCCCGGGGCGGGACCGAGAGAAGGAGGGAGGGGCAGCACCACCGCAGCAGGGCCAGACCCAGAAUCCCCCCGAGAUCGUCAUCUCCUCCAAAGAGGACUCGUCUUACAGUUACGACUUGGACACCACCUCCAACCAGAUGUCCAUCUACCAUCAGAACCACAACCUGUCGGAGAGCCGGGGGGCGGUGGGAGGCUCUGCAGGGGCGGGCAGCACCGCUAACAGCCGGGGGGGUGGGAGCAGUACCGGGGGCACCAGCACUUCCAAGGCCCCGAAAAGGAAGAACCAGAACAUCGGGUACAAGCUGGGCCACCGGAGAGCGCUGUUUGAGAAAAGGAAGAGGCUGAGCGACUACGCGCUCAUCUUCGGGAUGUUCGGCAUCGUGGUCAUGGUCAUCGAGACCGAACUCUCUUGGGGCGUGUACAGCAAGAGCUCCAUGUACUCGCUGGCUCUGAAGUGUCUUAUCAGCCUGUCCACAGUCAUCCUGCUGGGGCUCAUCAUCGCCUACCACGCCCGCGAGGUGCAGCUGUUCGUUAUCGACAACGGGGCGGACGACUGGCGCAUCGCCAUGACGCUGGAGCGGGUGCUCCUGAUCACGCUGGAGCUGCUGGUGUCGGCGGUGCACCCGGUGCCCGGCGACUUCCGGUUCCACUGGCGGGCGCGGCUGGCCUUCUCGUACGCGCCCUCGCUGGCGGAGGCCGACCUGGACAUGGUGCUGUCGGUGCCCAUGUUCCUGCGGCUCUACCUCAUCGCCCGCGUCAUGCUCCUGCACAGCAAGCUCUUCACCGACGCCUCGUCCCGCAGCAUCGGGGCGCUGAACAAGGUGCACUUCAACACACGCUUUGUGAUGAAGACCCUGAUGACCAUCUGCCCCGGCACUGUGCUGCUGGUCUUCAGCAUCUCUCUGUGGAUCAUCGCUGCCUGGACCGUGCGCGUCUGUGAGAGGUACCACGACGCGCAGGAUGUGACCAGCAACUUCCUGAGCGCCAUGUGGCUCAUCUCCAUCACCUUCCUGUCCAUUGGCUACGGAGACAUGGUGCCCCACACCUACUGCGGCAAGGGCGUCUGCCUGAUCACCGGCAUCAUGGGGGCCGGCUGCACGGCGUUGGUGGUGGCCGUGGUGGCGCGGAAGCUGGAGCUGACCAAGGCGGAGAAGCACGUCCACAACUUCAUGAUGGACACCCAGCUCACAAAGAGGAUAAAGAACUCCGCGGCCAACGUGCUGAGGGAGACCUGGCUGAUCUACAAGCACACCAAACUCGCGAAGAAGAUCGACCACUCCAGAGUGCGCAAACACCAGCGCAAGUUCCUGCAGGCCAUUCACCAACUGCGCAGUGUGAAGAUGGAGCAGAGGAAGCUGAGUGAUCAGGCUAACACCCUGGUGGAUCUCUCAAAAAUGCAGAGCGUGAUGUACGAGCUGAUGUCGGAGCUGAACGACCGCGGCGAGGACCUGGAGCGGCAGAUGCUGAGCCUGGAGCAGCGGGUGGAGCAGCUGACCGCCGGGUUCAGCGCCCUCCCCGCCCACCUGUCGGCCACACUCACCGCCCAGCACACCGCCCUGCUGCACCUGCUCCGCGACCGGGACGGCAAGGGCGGGGCCGAGCGGGCCGCCGGGCCCGAGGCCGAGGGCAGCCCCAACACCAGCUCCUCCAGCUGCUGAGGGGCAGCCCAACACCAGCUCCUCCAGCUGCUGAGGGGCAGCCCCAACACCAGCUCCUCCAGCUGCUGAGGGGCAGGCCCAGGGAGAGGGCGGAGCCAAGGAAACCGGGGGCACAGAGAUGGAGGCGGAGAUAUGUUUUUUGGGGGGGGUGUGGCUUGGACAGGGGUUAUAAGGGCUGGGGGUUGGUAGUGUUCGCUAAGAGCAACGCCCUCAGACUUACUGAGCAGCCUACCUACUGAUUAAACAGGGAGGAAAGAUGAGUAGGGUACUGGGCCUGGGUGGAGGGGGGGGGGGGGGGCAGCAGAGGGGGGUCUGCUCGGUAUGAAACACAGAUGGGAACGAAAGUGGGACAAAGGAUAGAAGCUCAAUAACAGUUUGAAAGCGAGGCAGACAAGAAGCGAUAAGGAAAAUAAUUACCUGAAUGCUGAAUGUUUUAAUGAAGACUGGACUAUCUCAAGGAAGAUGUCUCUGCCUCCCGC